UAUCAGUAUUAGUUCAAAGUAAUUUGUGUUGGGAUAAGCAUGGAGGCUCUUCAGUUCACAGGAAAGACCAAAAAGUUGCAGUACGUGCAGAUACCCGUACCGAAGAUCACUGAACCGAAUCAAGUAUUAGUAAAAGUUGCAUAUGCAGGGGUUUGUGGUACUGACUUGCAUAUAAUUGGGGGAGAAUUUCCAUGUAGCGAAGAUACUGUUACACUCGGACAUGAGUUUUCUGGGACAGUUCUUGAUGUUGGACCUAGUGUAAACAAUGUAAAAAAAGGAGACAGAGUAUCUAUAGAUCCAAAUGAAGGAUGCAGAUGCUGCGACUAUUGUCAUUCUGGCAAUCCACACUAUUGCAAUAUCGGUGGAAUUAACAGCACCAUAGGAAUUCAUAGGCAUGGUGGUUGGGGUACCUACGCUUUGGUACCUAAUCAUUCGCUUCAAAAAUUACCCGAUGGUGUAUCACUGGAACAAGGGGCAUUGGCUGAACCAAUUUCAUGCUUGUCUCACGGAUGGGACAUGCUAUCGCCUGUAACCGUAGGCUCCAGAAUAUUGGUCCUUGGUGCCGGUAUAAUAGGAAACUUAUGGGUUUGCCUGUUACAUCUCCAAGGUCAUAGGCGAGUGACAGUAUCCGAACCAAACGUUAGCAGACUCAAUUACACAAAAAAACUAGAUACUGGAUAUGAUCUUAUCACACCUGACCAACUAAGGAAAAACAAGGAAACAGUACCUGGAUAUGGUUUCGACGUUGUCAUAGAUUGCAGUGGAUAUUGUCCCGCAAUUGAGGAGGGAUUAAGCUUAUUAGACAAAGGAGGCAGAUUGUGUUGUUUUGGAGUUGCACCUCCUCACGGCACAAUAACGGUUUCUCCAUAUCAGCUCUAUCUCAAAGAAAUAUCUAUUUUUGCCGUAAACGUGAAUCCAUUCAGUUUCGUGAAAUCAGUCGGCUUCAUCGAGGCUCUAGGAACCAGAUACUUGGACUACAGCAAACUUGGAGUGGAAGUGUUCACGUUAAAAGAGUACCAGAAAGCGAUGGAUUUGUUAAAAGUUGGAAAAAUUGCUAAAGCCGUGUUCAAGCUGUAAAGUGAUUUAAAAAAUACAUUACUACCUUUAAAACA